CCCCUCUUCCCCUUUCUUUUUUCUUUCCCACCUUGAAUGCCGAGGCAUGUUUGCUCGUCCAAUGUUCUUCCUCACAAACACACGAAAGAGACUCGUUCUGGUGAUCCUGGCCAUGCUUGGAGUGUGCUUUGUCGGGUUCCAGCUACAUUAUUAUCGUGGUGAUGGAUUAGGUCUAUCGGACAACCUUUUGAGGUGGUCAGCCGACGAAUCAAGCCCCAUUAACGCUGAAGAAGAGCAAUACCUCACAUACCUACCAUAUUCCCGCUUUUCAAACCAACGCAGCACUCUGCUAAAUGCAGCCCUCUUAGCCAAGUAUCUUAACCGUACACUAAUCGUACCUCCCAUGAUCCUUGGGUCUGCAAAUGGAUGGUCACCUGCACCAGGUCUCUAUAAUGUACUAGAAGACAUGACAGACUUAAAAUAUCAAGACCGCUGCUUUGAUAACGGUGAACCUGUUGAAGAACCAAUAGUAUUAAACGAUAUGGGUCUGCCUAUCUUUGGCUGUACAAACUUUACUUCUUACGUCAUGCUACCCUGGAGCUGGGCAACUGAUUUGCAACGUCUAACACGAAGUGAAAAUGACGGCGGACUAGGCAUCAAGAUCAUUGAAAGAUCAGACAUGUCAUUGUCAAGAUUACAAGAAAACCUUGGAUUGGAAAACAAAGACAUGUUUGUAAUGCAGGACUCCACCAGAUACCAAUGGCAUAUGUAUGAUACUCCAGGUCAAGCUGUCAACCCUCGCUAUCAGUAUGAGAUUUCACUACACGAACUAGCCGGUAUUCGACAACGACUAGUUCAUUUCUAUGGAAUCUUUGGUUACGAUCGUAUCACUCUGACAGAUCCAUUAAACGAAGAAUACAGACUAAGAAUCCAACACGCUCUGAUUUUCCAGAACAAGGCUAUCACAGACUCCACAACAAUCAUUCUUGAACAACUCUUACGUGAUAUUAGCGCUUCAGAUGAAAUCGUUCCGCUUGAUCCGGAGCAGGCUCGCACUAUCGAACGUCAUGGUGACUUUGUUCCUCCUCAGUUUGUGGCUGCUCACAUCAGGGCUGGAGAUGGUGUGUUCUUAAAGGGGCUCGGAGAACGUGUGCCCGAGUUCGUUCAUCAGAUCUGGGACAUUAUGACUGGAAAUGAAACUAUUCUCGACGAUCUUAUCGGCUCUAGUAACAACAAGACUGCGAACGAACAGAUCGCAGCCCAUGCCCACACACUCUACCCACUUCCCACUGCACCAGUCGAAUUACGUGAUCGUCUGCUCAAACUUCCCCUGCUAGAAAGACUUGCAGAAUGUGGAGCUUCUAAGCAAAUGGUCCUUUAUGUAGCAACUGAUGCCAUUGAUCCACGGAAUAAUUAUGAAAUGAAGCCUGUCCUGAACGCAUUCCCGUGUACCGUAUUUAUGGCUGAUUUCUCUCCAGAAUGGAAGGUACCUCUCCUCGAAGUCCGUUCUCCACUUGAUCCUCAAAAGAGCUUGGCCAAUCAUCUCAUCAUGUUUGUGGAUGCUUCUGUGUGUGCCUGGGCAGAACGGUUCAUUGGAACUCGUACUUCCACAUUCUCGAACUAUAUCAAGCAGCAUCGACAUGCAAUCUAUGAUGAGAUGAUCGAACAUCAACAUUUACAUGAUUAAGCUUCCUCUCUCUCUUGUACAUAGUGACAUUUUUUUACUUCUCUUUCCCUCUUCAUCCCUUGGUUACAAUAGACUUAUUUAGUAUCUAUCUCGGCUUAAAGCAACCUCAAAGCAUAUAUUUUUUAUACCGUACCUUUUCUUCUUCUGAUUACUACUACAUACGAUUUUUCCCAACUAAAUUAUAUCUAUAUAUAAAUAUAUAUUUAUAUUUAUAUUUAUAUAAAAAAAAAAGAAAUACCUC